GCGACUGAGUGCCUGGGAGCUGGCAGGGGCUCACAAUCUGUGUCUGUCUCUGUGUGUCUAGUCCCACACACGGGCUGAGAAAGCAGCCCCCAGCCCUGCCCUGCAGCAUCUACCAGAGGGAGAGGGAGUGAGGCACUCGGAGCAGACACCACCCCAAACCCAGCCCAGGAGAUCUCCCCCAGCCCCAUGCCUGGCUCGGAGAAGGCAGCGGAUGGAGCUGCUGGCCGCCUGGCCCCUGUACUCGGCACUGCCUUACUGACCCUGGGGCUGUCAGUGCCCACCACGGCCCUGCUUGUCAUCUACUUCCGAUGUGGAGGCCAGCCAGGCCACCCAGAGCAGAUUCCUCACAAUGUGUCCCUGGUGAAAGGACAUUUGGAGAGAAUCGGUGACAGUGAUGAGCAGUGGGAACUGACAGGCAACGAGAAGCCAGCUGCUCAUUUGAUUGGAAUCUAUCACCGUUCUCUCAUGGACAGUGCCGGCGUUCAUUCUCACCGCACACUGGAAUGGGAGUCAGUCAGAGGUCUGGCUUUUACUAAGGACUCAGUGCGUUACCUUGGCCGAUCUCUGGUCAUCCCCAAGCGAGGCCUGUACUAUGUGUACUGCCAGGUGGGCUUCCGUGGAAGUGAGUGUACGAACCGACCGGUUACUCUAUACAACCGGGUGUACCGCAAACACGACUCUUACCCCGAGCCCCUGCUCCUGCUCAGCGGCGCUGAGACAGUGUGUGGCAAGAACCACAACAAGGGCUCCUGGUACACCACCCUAGGCCAGGGGGCAGUGGUAGAACUCGAGAGGGACCAUCAGCUCUUUGUGAAUGUCAGCAACCCCCAUCUGGUGGACUACCUCGAUGGAAAAACCUUCUUUGGUGUCAUCAAAAUCUGACCCUGGCCCUGGAGGGUGGGAAGGCCAGGGGAUAAAGAGGGCUUUGCACAGAUUAAUAAGUGGGAUAUGAGUUACAAUGUUACUUUUUUUUAGCAUAUAUUGUAUCUAUUUUUUUACAAUAACUUGCAUUUAUAUAAUCCUUCUGGCGCUGUUAGAGUAUUCUACAGCUAUUUCUCAGGAGGGUCAGUCAGAUCCAGCUAUUUCUCAGGACGGUCAGAUCCAGCUAUUUCUCAGGACAGUCAGUCAGAUCCAGCUAUUUCUCAGGGGGGGUCAGUCAGAUUCAAGUUUGGUACCAAGGCACAUGAGGCUUCAUUCGAACACAAGGAGAUCCGUCAUUUAAGGCAAACCCUGAUUCUUAACAUUGGUUCGACUGUAGAUCCUUAUUAACUAUGUUUGUUUAAACUAUAGAUCUUUGUUAACCAUGACUGGUUACAUUGUACAGUGCUAUUAACCCUGAUUGGUUAUACUGUUGAUCCUUGCUAAUCCUGAUUGAUUACACUUUGGAUCCUUGUUAAUUCUUAUUGGGUACAUUGUACAGGUCUCAUAACCCUCUCUGCUUAUACUGUAGAUCUUAUUAGCCCUGACUGGUUACAGUGUAGUUCCUUGCUCAUCUCAAUUGGUGGCCAAUUUAGGAUUCAAUGUGGAAUCACGAGAAUCCUGUUCCCCCAGACUGUGGAACCCAUGAGCACAGGGAGGAACAGGGAUGGACAACAGAAACAUAUUUGUAAAGAAAACAUAAGACCACAAAACAUAGGAGCAGAAGUAGGCCAUUUGGCCCAUUGAGUCUGCUCCACCAUGACUGGCAUGUUUCCCAAACCCAUUUUCCUGCCUUCUCCCUGUCUUCCUUAAUCCCCUUACAAAUGAAAAACCUAUCCAUCUCUGUCUCAGACAGACUCAAUGACUUGGCAUCCACAGUCAUCUAAAGCAAUGAAUCUGAACACAAAGUCACCAUCCUCUGAGUGAAGAAAUUCCUCCACAUCUCAGUUCUAAAGGGUUGUCCCCUCACUCCGAGGCUGUGUCCACAGGGUCCUAGAAGAUGGAUGGAAAACAAAGCCCAGAGAGAGGAAUAGAUGGAGCUAUUGAUGGGGUGAGGUGCUGGAGAUGGAUCAUGUGAAGUUGACCAAUUAGGCACAAGCCUCUUUUUCCAUGUUGUAACCGUUGUGUAAUGGCUGAAUUUCUGCACAAUGCAUUUCUUUUUAACACCAAGAUAACAAAGUGUGGAGC